AUGACAUCCAAAGACGGUUUCUCAUGGACCAAAGCCGACGGCCUUCGACCUGGCAUCCCUUGCAUUGGAGCCAUUCAGCCGUCGAGCAAUAUCAAAUCGACAGAUACCGAGUUUGAUGUCAUUGUUGUUGGGGCUGGAUAUGCGGGCCUCACCGCCGCGCGCGACACCAGCGUAGCAGCUUUCUCAGGUCUCAAAGUAUUGCUCCUGGAAGCGCGCGAUCGCAUCGGUGGCCGCUCGUGGUCCUCCAACAUUGGUGGCUACCCGUACGAAAUGGGCGGUACGUGGGUGUACUGGGGCCAAGCCACCAUCUGGCGAGAAAUUGCGCGGUACGGUAUGCAGGAUGAGUUGGAGAGCUCAUAUGACUUUUCACGCGGUAUCAACCGAUUCCUUCUUGCCAGCGCCGAGGGCACUCAGUCAUUUACACACGAUGAAGAGAACGUGCUGAUGCAGAAAUGUCUGUCAAAAUUCUUCAACGUCGACGGUAAAGACGGUCGUGAUGCCCUCCCCAUGCCGCACAGUGCCCACCUCACGCCUUCCGACCGCCGCUUCGACAACAUGUCCGUGGCCGACCGCUUGGUGGAGAUCCAGCACAACUUGACGCCCAACGAGCGUCUCUGCGUCGAGGGUUUUGUGCUUCUCUGCAGCGGUGCCACGCUCGCCACGACCAGCUUCUACGAGAUGCUGCACUGGUGGGCGCUGAGCGGGCACACAUACGAGGGGUGCAUCAACCACCUCGUGCGCUUCAAGUUUCGCGGCGGCCAGUCGUCCUUUGCCGUACGCUUCUUUGAAGAGGCACUGGCUACGGGAAACCUGUCGUAUGCCCUGAGUCAGCCUGUGGCGUCGGUCGAGGAUAGCGCGCACAGGAUCACAGUGACAACGAGGAGCGGACAGGCGUUUACAGCCAAGUACAUGAUUUCGGCGAUGCCGCUGAAUGUCUUGAGCAAUGUGGCGUUUAAUCCACCGUUGAAAGAGGGCAAGGCGACUGCAGCAAAGAUAGGUCAUGUGAACCAGACAAUCAAAGUGCAUGCAGAGAUUCUCGAUCGGGACUUGCGCUCCUUUACAGGAAUCAGCUAUCCACACAACGGCUUGAUUUACGGUUUUGGCGAUGGAGAGACGCCGGCGGGGAAUACGCAUGUCGUAGCGUUUGGUGGCCAGCACAAACACUUUCACCCAGAAGACGACAUCAAUCGCACCAUUUCCGAGUUUCAGGGCUUCACGCCAAUGAAUGUUGAGCGAGUGGUCUUCCAUAACUGGUCUCGCGACGAAUUCGCCAAAGGCGCAUGGUUCUUUCCCGCGCCGGGCCUGCUGGCGUCUCACUUUGAGGAACUCCGAGCUCGUCAGGGCAAUAUCUUCUUUGCCAGCUCCGACUGGGCCUCUGGCUGGCGAAGUUUUAUUGACGGCGCGAUUGAAGAGGGCACCAGAGCUGCUGCCAACGUACGAGCCGAUAUGAUUGGCCAGUCGAAGAACUGA